UGUUCUUGUUUUUCAGCUUAUGGGCCUGAAGAUGAAUUUAAAGUGGACAAGACUGAUGAAGAGGAACAUCUGCCGGAUGAUGGCCUUUCUCUUGAUGGUCAAGACACAGACUAUCUGCUCAAUGAUGACGAGGACGGAAGAGAUCACUAUAGCUGCCAAAACUCUCCACUCAGCAAUGGCACUAACCCAGAUGCUGGGUACGCCUCUCCACUCAGCACCACCAGCGAUCAGCUGGUGGAUCUUAAGACAACAUCCUCCUUCAGUGAUGUUCAAGAACAGGUAGAAGUGAAGCCAGGUGAGAGCACAGAGUCUAUCAAUGGCCUCUCGCUGCAGGACAGUUUGGCAAAAAUGAAAGCCGUCUAUGCAAACCUGAUCUCUGAUGCCUCCUGGUCCAGCAUUGCAUUGGAUAUGCUGAAAAGUAAACAAGGGAACAACGUUGCACCUAGCAGCAACAACAACAACAAUGGGAGCAAUCACAAAGAGAGCAAUGGGUUCCUGAACAGUCCCAGCCAGGGUAACAUCCUAUUGAAGAACAAAUGUAGCACUAGCAAUGCCUCAGCUACUACUGAUACUACCACCAGCAGUACCACCACAAGAACGGUGUCAAGCAACAACAACAGUGGCACCAGUGUAAACUCCGGCAGCACAGGAUUAGCCUAUGACUGGCACCAGGCAGCAUUGGCAAAAACCCUACAGCACACUCCAUACCAACUCCUUCCUGAACCUAGUCUUUUCAGCACCGUGCAGCUCUACAGGCAGAACAAUAAGCUCUAUGGACCUGUGUUUACAGGUGCCAGUAAGUUCAGGUGCAAGGACUGUAGUGGAGCCUAUGACACUUUGGUGGGCCUGACUGUACAUAUGAACGAGACGGGCCACUACCGUGACGACAAUAAGGAUACCGAGGAUGAUCGAGGCAAGAAGUGGUCCAAGCCACGUAAACGUUCCCUGCUGGAGAUGGAAGGCAAGGAAGACGCCCAAAAAGUUCUGAAAUGUAUGUACUGUGGCCACUCUUUUGAAUCCUUGCAAGACCUUAGUGUUCAUAUGAUCAAAACAAAACACUAUCAGAAAGUGCCUCUAAAAGAACCAAUGCCAGCCCUCAGCUCAAAGCUAGUGCCCCCAACCAAAAAAAGAGCAUUUCAAGACUUGAUGUCCCCAAGCUCCCCAGAGUCGGUCUCAUCUGGCAUACACCUGGGAGAGAUCCACAAAGACCAAAAAUUGGCCAAUCCCUAUGUCACUCCCAACAAUCGAUAUGGUUACCAAAACGGUGCCAGUUAUACUUGGCAGUUUGAGGCACGCAAGGCACAAAUUCUCAAAUGCAUGGAGUGUGGCAGUUCACACGACACCUUGCAGCAACUGACAGCCCACAUGAUGGUCACAGGACAUUUUCUUAAAGUAACCAAUUCAGCCUCUAAAAAGGGUAAGCAGUUAGUUUUUGAUCCUGUUAUUGAGGAAAAAAUUCAGUCAAUUCCUCUGCCCCCGACUACCACAAGGCUUCCAGCUCCCAAUGGGAAGUCACAGCCUGACUCCCCAUUGCAGCCGGCUAGCCCCGAGGAGAACAUAGAUGAAGAGGCAGAAGAAGAGAAUACUGAAACAAUGGAACCUGAGAAAAUGAUAAAAGAAGAGAGGGAAGACCCCCCUGAAAAAUCUGACAAACCUGGAAAGGCUAGAUCCUACCAAUAUCUGAGAGAAGAAGACUUGGAUGAUUCACCUAAAGGAGGCCUGGACAUCUUAAAGUCUUUAGAGAACACAGUUUCAAGUGCAAUCAGCAAGGCCCAGACAGGCACACCAACCUGGGGUGGAUACCCCAGCAUCCAUGCUGCCUAUCAGCUCCAUGGAUCUUUGAAGUCUACCCUGCCUUUGUGUGCACAAGUUCAGCCUUUAUUCAGCAGCAACAGUUUGAAGAUGAUGCCUACUGAUAUAGGCAAUAUUAUCCACUCACCAAAUAGCCCCUCUCCACCACCAAGUCAUAAGAACAAUGUGCUGGCCAUGGAGAAGCUAGUUGAAAAAGUGACGGGGAAAAGUCCAGUAAAGAGUGAAAAGGAGGAAAAACCCUUAGAGAAUAAGUGCAGGUCUGCAAAGUCUCCAUUGCCAAAUGCUAAGGACAAACAGGCCUCACCCAAUCCAGAAAAGCUAUCAAAGACAGUGAAAAGCACUGCAGUACAUGGCCAGACUGAGUCAAGACGCAAAGAAGGUGAGCAAAUGGAGAAUAAAAUAGACACAGAGAUAAAGAGUGAAGUUAAUUCGCCAAAAAAGCCUGUAAGCAACGGCUCCAAUAACCUGAGCAUAAUCACUGAUCACUCGCCUGAACAACCACUUGUCAACCCUCUCAGUGCUUUGCAGUCUAUCAUGAACAACCACUUGGGGAAAGCUUCAAAAGUGGCCACCCCCUUCAUAGACCCCUUUGCAAUGCUUUAUAAGAUCAACAGCAACUCUGCUCAGAUUAAGCAAGCGGAGCCUGCGAGUCAGUACCACAAUGAUGAUGAUGAUGAUCAGCCCAUGGACUUGACGAAAUCCAAAAACACCAAUGGAAGUACAGCUAAGAGUACUUCUACUUCACCAAACAACAACAGCAUUAAUAGCAAACCAGUUUUCAAGAAUUUCUCUCAGUCUUCAUCUCCGCCUCUACGAGAAAAUGCACUGAUGGAUAUUUCAGACAUGGUAAAAAAUCUGACUGGCCGUUUGACACCAAAGUCUACAACUCCAUCUUCCAUCUCUGAAAAAUCUGAAAUUGAUGGCUGUACUUUUGAUGACAGCUUGGAGGAGCUGUCUCCCAUCCAAAGACGGAAAGGCCGGCAGUCGAACUGGAAUCCCCAGCACCUCCUGAUUCUUCAGGCCCAGUUUGUCUCUAGUCUUAGAGAGACUCCUGAGGGAAAGUUUGUAAUUAGUGACUUGGGACCCCAGGAACGGGUCCACAUCUGUAAAUUCACUGGUCUCUCCAUGACUACUAUCUCACAUUGGCUGGCCAAUGUAAAAUACCAGUUAAAGCGGACAGGGGGCACAAAGUUCCUAAAAAAUAUUGACUCUGGCCAACCUCUGUUUUUGUGCAGUGACUGUGCGUCCCAGUUCAGGACUCCCUCCUCCUACAUUCACCAUUUGGAGUCCCACCUUGGGUUCACCCUAAAGGACCUCUCAAAGCUUUCCAUAGAUUUAAUAGAGCAGCAGGCUGUCAGCAGAAUAGAGGACAAUACUUUGAGUCCAUCUGGACUUACAGAGGAAGACACUGGCUCAGUAUAUCAGUGCAAACUGUGCAAUCGGACCUUUGUGAGCAAACAUGCAAUCAAAUUGCACCUUUGCAAAACACAUGGAAAGUCACCAGAGGACCAUCUCAUCUUUGUGAAAGAGUUGGAAAAAACUGAUAAACAGUGA